GUCUACGGCGCCAGCAGCCAACGACCGCUCUUCGCCGCUGGGGUACGCUGGCGCCAGGCUCUCUGGACCCCGAGUCCCUCGUUCCAGCAGGCGACGCUGCUCCUCGGCUUAUGUAACAGAAAUCAGGGUGAAUUCCGGAAACCACGAUCGCAAGGCUCUCUACCCACCGGUGCCUGACCGCGACACCAUGCGGCUGCUGCUGGUGCUGGCUCUGCUGACGGCGCCCGUCUUCGCACGCUACGACGGCGACCGCGCCGGCUACACUUACGACGACGCCGCCUACACUUACGACGACGGCGGUAGCCGCUACGACCGUUGCCGCGACGCUGCGUGGUCCCGGCGCGACUGCCUGCCGACGAGCCACAACAGAAUCGUCUCCAGUCGCCCUGACAGGUGGGCAGCCAAGUCACGCGUGCGGAUGGGAAACGGCGGCUGGCGGGCGCUGCCUGGGGGCGCCGCGGAGCUCCACUGCCUGUUCCCAGUGCCGCUGCUCUCGAACGUGGUGUGGACCAGAGUGGACAGGUCGGGCAGCUCGAGCCGCAUCCACAGCCAGGGCCACCUGUGGCCUCGCCCGCUGCCCGGCGGCUCUGCCCUGCUGGUGGACCGCGCCUCGCCGCUCGACGUGGGCCUCUACCGCUGCCUCGCCACCGCCCUGCACCCCCGCUCCGGGCCCGUCACCGUCUUCCAGGACGUCCACUUCCAGCCCUACUUCUAACCACAGCCGGACAGCCCAGUCCAGUGCUGCCGAACCAGAGAACCGUUCUGACUUUACUGAAGCAGUCGCUAUGCUGGGCUAAAUGCUAUGUGGUGCUGCCAAUUACUAACGUCCCUCUGUUGUCACUCUGCGGCGAAGUUUGCUUUAGCUACUCACUGCCUCGAAAUCUCCACUAAACAUCCUGGGACUAUUCAAAAACAAACGAUGAAUUACAAUGUCGUUGUGUGUCUAGUGAAUUGGCUCUUUUCGUGAUGUUCACACCAGAAUUCUCACAGUCGGAGCUAAUGAGGGCAUAUGAAGUUAACGUCGCCGCUUUGCGCUAAUACUUGUUUAAUUUUAGCUGCAGAGAUCCAGUGAAGUAGAGAUUCCAUCACCAUCACCCUGGGCAUCUACUUGCCUGUUCUUUGAGGGGGGUAGGACGUCAAACGGGCCGACUUGGAGCAGGAGAGUCACCACAGGACAUUUUAAUUUCUACUGCCUAUACUUUUACAAAUAAAUUCAUAAGACUUUGUCACCAUGACCAGGAAGGAUGAGGACUCACACUCAUCGCAGUGGAAGUUCAAAAACGAAGCAAAAUACCUUUUUUUUACAUGUCAAAUUUCAUCAUUUUUUCACUUAUUACUGGCCGCAUUUGUUGCUAUAGGUACACUUUUCUUCCUAAGUAAGAGAGAUUCUUCGAUGAAUUUUUCGUAGCAUACAAACAGUAGUUACAGGUGUAUGAAACUCUAGAAUUUUCCAAAUCUAUUACAAAACUGUGGAAAAAAUAUGGAUAAUUAACUAUAAAACUUGAGUUUUUUUCUAAACAUGAAGUUUAAAAUGUAACAGUUCAUUCAUUAUUUCAUAAAUUAAAUAACUUUUAGAGUUUCAUACACCUGUAACUAUGGUUUGUAUGCUGUGCAAAAAGUCAUCGAAGAAUCUCUCUUACUUUGAAGGAAGAGUGUACCUAUAGCAACAAAUGCAGCCAGCAGUAAAUGAAAAAAAUGAUGAAAUUUCACAUGUAAAAAAAGUGUUUUGUUACGUUUUUGAGCUUCCAAUGCUAUGGGUAUGAAUCCUGAAUCCUUCCUGGUCAUGCUGUUAAAGUUUUAUGAAUUUAUUUGUAAAAGUAUAGACAGUGGAAAUUAAAAUGUCCUGUGGUGCCUCUCCUACUCCAAGUCGUCCCGUUUGACGUCCUACCCCCUUAACCGCUGAUUGUCAACGGCUGUUCUGUCUGUGAAACUACAGCUGUUAAUGGAGCUAAUCUCAUCAGCAUGGAAAGAACUUAAGCUGUACCUCGUAUUCUAAUGUAUCAGAAUUAGGUUCUUGUGUUCUUAAGAAUGUGUUCCGCUCACACGCUAAAGUAAAGCUGCACAACAGGUUCUAUAUUUAUACAUCACUGUAAAUAGACUCUCCAACGCUCAGUUGGAUAUUAAAUUUAUU